AAAAUAUAUAAUGGAUUUCUAUAUCUACUUAUUUUAUUAUUGUACUUAUUUUAGCAUUUUUUGUUUGUAUUGUACUUUCUAAAAUGUUAAAGAAAGAUUUUAUUAUAAUAAAUAAUAUUGAAAAUGAUUAAAAUCAUAAUAUUUAUUGGAAAUUUCUUAAAAACGAGGUAUUUACUCCUCCAAAAUAUAGAAUUUUAUUUUGUGCUAUAAUUGGAAAUGGUAUUUAAUUCAUAAAUUUGAUUUUUUAUUCGGCUUUUUUAGGAUCUUUAGGCCUUUAUUAUAACCAUAAAGGUGAUAUGAAAUAAAUAGCAGUGUUUCUAUAUGCAUUUACAGGUAUUUUUAAUGGUUUUUAUUCAUCUAAAUAUUAUAAAAUUUUCGGCGGGAAUACUUGGGCAUUAAACUUUUUGUUUUCUUGUAAUGUUUUUCCUUUUAUAAUUUUUGGAGUUUUUUUAAUUUUAAACUCUUAUGCUUGGGCUGUUUAAGCAACUUCAGCAUUUCCUGCAGAAGCUAUUUUCUUGAUUAUUUUGUUAUUUUUAAUAAUUUAUUUACCUUUAAGUCUUGUAGGACAUAUUACUGCUAGAAUUAAAACAAAAAAUCUAUUACCAGGAAUUGAAUAAGGAUUACCUAGAGUUAUGAGACCUAUUCCUUAGGGAGUUUUUUAUUAAAAAAAUAUUUACUAUUUUUUUUUAGGAGGACUUUUACCUUUUAGUUCUAUUUAUAUUGAGCUUAAAUAUGUAUUUUUAAGUGUUUGGGGCCAUUAGAUUUAUAGAAUGUAUGGUAUUGUUUGCUUGUCGUUUCUUUUAUUAAUUUUUGUAUAAGGAUUAGUUUCAAUAUGUUUAACUUAUUGGUAGUUGUGUAAUUAAGAUUAUAAUUGGUGGUGGAGGAGUAUUUUAUACGGAGGGUGUACAAGCCUUUUUAUUUGUUUUUAUGUUGUUUAUUUUUAUUAUGAAGAAUCUAAAAUGCAUGGACUUAUUUAAUUUAUAUUUUAUUUUGGUUAUAUGUUUAUUUUUUGUCUAGUUUCUUUGGUUGUCUUGGGGACAAUAAGCUUUUUUGCAAGUUUUAAGUUUAUAAAAAAAAAUAAAUCCAAACGGAAAAUAUUAAUAAAGAACUUUUUGCUAUAUUUUGUAAGUAUUGUUUUAUCAAGAACCCGUUUUUAAAUGCGGAGAUAACCGCUGUACUGAAGAUACAGGUGGAUGUGAUAAAACCUCAAAAGUUGAUUAUGAAAAUUCACAAAAAUCUGCUUCAUUAGAAUUUAGAUUAUAUUGCGAAAAAAGAAAUGAAAGAAUUUAUGGAGAAUCUUUGCUUUAUUUUGGAAAUUUAGUUGGGCUUUUUAUAUUUAAUUAUAUAUCAGAUAAUUAUGGAAGACUACUUGCUUUAAUAUCAUCAUGGAUAUUAGGAUUCAUUGGUUGUAUAUCAGGUGUAUUAGCUAAAAGUUCUGUUUUUUUAAAUUUAGGAAUGCUUUUAAUAGGAUUAGGAAUGGGAGCAUUUGGAGUUAUAUCAAAUGUCUAUGUUAGUGAAAUAUCAAAUAAAAAAUAUGGAAAUUUAUACUAAUUAGUAAUGUAUUUAAUGUGGUCAGUAAGCGAAAUAAUCUUAUAUCCAACUUAGUAUUUUUUGAAAGAAUGGAGAAAAUAAUUUAUUUAUUUAAUCUUUUUACCAUCUUUUUUUAUAUUUUUUUUUCUUUUUUUCCUUAAAGAAUCGCCUAAAUUUCUACAUACAAAAGACCAUGAAAAAACUAUUAUUUUGCUUUCUGAAAUUUCAUAAAUAAACGGAAUAUCUUUCGAUAAAAAUAAGUUCUAACUAUAAUAAAUAUAGGAUAAUCAAAAAAAUACAUAAUAUUAUUUUUGGGAUUUAUUCUUAUUUAAAUCUCUAAGAUUUAACACUAUUAAUUUAUGUCUUUUUUCAUUUUUUAUUCAUCUUUAAUUUUACGGAAUAUCUUUUAUUCUUUCUUAAAUAGGUUUUGACUUUUAUUCUAAUAUGCUUUUUAUUGGAAUGAGCGAAAUAGUUGCAUAUUGUUUUGUAUUAUCAAUAAAAAAUAAAUAGAAGUAUUUAAAAAAGGGUUGCUUUUUUUCUCUUAUUAUUUCAAAUAUUUUAUUUAUUUUAUUGAGCUAUUCUUCUAAUUUAAAAAUAAUAUAGCUAAUAUUUAUUUGCUUGAUUAGAUUUUCUUUAACUUUUUCGUUUGCUUUUUAUAUACUUUUAAUAACACAUAUAUUUCCUACAAAAAUUAAAUCCACUGCUUUUGGGUUUAUUGUUUCAUUUGGAAUGCUUGGAAGCAUUCUUUCACCUUAUGCAAUUGAUUUUGCGGAAAGAAUAGGGAUAUUUCCUACUUUUCUUAUAGGCCUUUUAGGAUUUGGAGGAGUUGGAGGAUAUUUUGGUAUUGAAGUUGGAAAUGAAUCUUAAAAUAGAGAUCAUAUAUAGGAAAUUCAAGAAAAUAUUUAAUAAUAAUAAACGAUUGGAAAGAAAAAUGAGCAAUAUUUAGAAUUUUAAAAUGAAUAAUAAAUUUGA